AUGUACAUAACAAUAUCACAGCAAAAAAGUUCAGAAGACGUUAACUGUGUAUUGGAUAAACUAAUACAACAAGCUAAUGAUUCUGAGCCCAACUAUAAUGAUGAGAAUCCGUAUCCUUUGGAGUCAUAUUAUCCUGUUUCUAUUGAUACGGAGAACGAGCCAGGUAACGAUUCGAAUAUAUAUUACUUUAAGACUUAUAUGGCUCCUCAAAUAGAAUUUAAAAACGACCCGCAAAGAUCUGAUAAGCCUGUCCAAAUUGCUAAUAAUUUACAAUCACGUAAAUCUGACGAGGCCGACAAGAAAAUGAAAUUACUGGCAAAUUUAAUUACGAAACAUAAAGUUAAUGAUCUUUCAUCAAAACGAUCACCGUAUGGCCGCUUUUUACCAAAAUCAUUGAAGAUGCUACAUAAAUAUCCUGAGAUUAUUGUUAACGAGUUAGGAAAUAAUAAUUAUAGUGAUGCUUUAACUUUAAGCGAUACAGAAUUUAAAAAUAAAACUUCUCUUCAAGAUUUGUUUUUAAAAAAGACGAGUUCGACAGUAAAUAGUGUGGCAGUUUUAAACAGUUCAGUGAAGCCAACACUAAAAAAUGAAUUUCAAAAACCAGAUGCAAAAGAAACAAAAAUUUCUCCACAAGAAAAAAGUGUCCCAGAAAGUAAUGAAGAAUUAAAAAAGCUAAUUCACUUGAUUACGCAAAAUAAAGAAGUUAACAAUAGUCUCUUAAAGGAAAUACGUGAACGUGAUUCUAGAGAACAAAAUAUUUUGCUAGAAAAGAAAAGACUUAGUGAAUACAAACCAAAGGAAGACGAGCCCAAUUAUGAAUCUCGAGCAGCCGCUCCCUACCCUCUUGCAAUACAAUUGUCAAGUAUAAUUGAUGGCUUAGGGCUACCGCAGAAUUCACAACGAAAUGUCGUUUCAACUACUUAUUUACACACUCCAGUCGCUACGUACCACCUGUCACCAAGAGUACCAACGAAGCCAUACCUGCCUCCCGGCGUCCUAAGCUUUUCAAGAAACAAUGCCUUACAACAAGCCCGCCUUAGAAAUGCUUUAGUUAAUCGAGGUAUAUCAAGAUAUUCAUUCGGACGUAAUUUACCUGUGCGUUACGGUUAA